UAUGGGGUCUCUAUGGGUUUCUGUGCAUCUCUGUGGGUCUGUGUGGGGUCUGUGUGGGGUCUCCCUGUUCUCUGUGCACCUGACCCCCCGUUUCCCGCAGAGGUUCCCGUGGGCUCCCCGCAGUCGUUCUCGGUGCUCAGUACCGGCGCCGGCGGACAGGGGGCGCUGUCGGUGGCGGCGGUGGGCGCGGGGCGGCGCGCGGUGCCGGUGUCGGUGGAGGCGGCGGGGCCCGGUUUGCACCGCGCGCGGUUCACGGCGGCCGAGGAGGGGCAGCUCCGCUUCGACGUCACCUACGACGGGCACCCCGUGCCCGGCAGCCCCUUCCUGGUGGACGCCGUGAUGCCGCCGGACCCCUCCAAGGUCCACGCCUUCGGCCCGGGUCUCCACGGCGGCGUGGCGGGCAGCCCGGCCACGUUCACGAUCUCCACGCGCGGCGCGGGCGCGGGGGCGCUGGGUCUGACGGUGGAAGGGCCUCGCGAGGCGGAGCUGGAAUGUCACGACAACGGCGACGGCUCGUGCUCGGUGCGCUACGUGCCCCCGGAGCCCGGCGAUUACUCCAUCAACAUCCUGUUCGCCGGCUCCCACGUGCCGGGCUCCCCGUUCCGCGCCGCCGUCCGGCCCCGCUUCGACGCCACCAAAGUCCGCGCCGACGGCCCGGGGCUGCGCGGCGGCCGCGUGGGGCAGAGCGCGGCGUUCGCCGUGGACUGCAGGGACGCCGGGGAGGCGGAGCUCAACAUCGAGAUCCGCCACGAGCUGGGAGCCCGGCCGGAGGUGCGCAUCCACGACAACGGCGACGGCACGUACGGCAUCUCCUACACGCCGGCCCGGGCCGGGGCGUACACCGUCACCGUCAGCUACGGCGGGGUGCCCGUCCCGCACUUCCCGGCCUGCGUCACCGUCGAGCCCGAGCUCGACCUCAGCGCCAUCGCCGUGUACGGCAGCGGCGUGGAGCCCCGCGGUACGUGGGGACCCAUAGGGAUACGUGGGGACCCAUAGGGACACCAUAGGGACAC